AUGUCUACGUCUCACUCCACCAGUGGAGAUCAAAAAGUUCUCACACAUGAGGACAGAAUGUCGUCUGAGAUGAGUUUGAAAACCAAUGCCAAUGGCAUGAUUCUCAUUCCCCAACCGUCUGAUGAUCCCAAAGACCCUUUGAACUGGCCCAUAUCGAAGAAAAUCAUUGUCGUAUCGGUGCUCUUCCUGAGUAUGUUUGUUGGAUUCGCAGCACCAUUUGUUGGGCAGCUCAACAUACAGCAACAAGCGAAGCUAUAUCAUAAAACAACAAUCCAGAUUACCUAUUUUAACAGCGCAGCAUCCGCUGGUCUGGCCACUGGCGGUUUCAUUUGGUGGCCAUUGUCACACAAAUUCGGCCAUUCAGCAGUCAUUUUCUGGUGUUUAAUUGGAGUACUUGCGACUCAGAUAUGGGCCCCGUUGAUGACGAAGCCAGACCAAUACGUGCCCUAUCUAAUCUCUCGAUACUUUUCGGCUUUCUUUGGGGUCGUGGUCAGCAUUUUAGGUCCUAAAUACUUGACCGACAUGUUCUUCCUACACCAGCGAGGCCGCGCAUUUACAGUGCUGCAUCUUGCAUUGAAUUUUGGCGCAUCUGCGGGGCCAACUUUCUCUGGCUUUGUCGCCGCGAAUUCGUACUGGCCGAUUGAAUACUGGUGGCAUGUUGGUCUGACUGGGUUCACUCUAUUUCCGGUAUUCUUCUUCCUCGAAGACACUGCGUAUCAGCCAAUCGAGGAGAGAACCGACGAAUCAACUGCUCAGAGUUUUCUCAGUCAGCGAUUUGAGAUCUUCUUCAAAGGUGGCAGAAAUACCCGGUCUAUAUCUUGGGGCGCAAUGUUCAAAGUGUUCUUCCGCCCAUUUAAGCUAUUCACAGCCCCGGUCAUACUGAUUAUUGCCGGCUUUGACACAAUCAGUUUUGCAUUCUAUGUGGCGUUAAAUGCAUUAACUCCGGUCUGGCUACAGCUGCCAAAGAAGGCCCAUGGCAUAUAUGGCUUUUCAGUCGCAGACAACGCAGCAUUUACGUUCGUUCACUGGAUUGGUUGUAUCAUCGGUUUGAUUUAUGGUCAUUUCGUCAGCGAUCGAAUUCCGCUUUGGUUUAUCAAACGCAACAAUGGCGUGUGGAAACCGGAGUAUCGCUUGCAGGCCCUGUGGCCGACUAACUUCGUACUCAUGCCCCUCGGUCUCGGCCUCGUGGGCAUCGCAAUGGAGUAUCGUCUGCACUGGAUCGUCAUGGCUAUCGGACAACUUUUUGUAACCAUCGGUUCUUUGGUCAGUAUUCCUGUGACCGUCAACUAUAUAUGCGAAUGCUUUCGAACACACACCACGGAGGCAACGCUGAUUCUCAACUCACUUCGACUAUGGUUUGGGUUGUCCAUCAAUUUUUAUGUAAAUCCGUGGAUUGAUAAGGUCGGGAUUGGGUGGGUGUAUGGAAUGAUGGCUUUCUUUUGUGUCUUUGCUUUCCUUUUCUUGAUCGUGUUAAUGCUGUUCGGACAUGCAAUAAGGGAGGCUACACCGUUCAUUGAGUCUAAGUCAGAAGAAGGGCAGCAUGUUCUUGCGGAUGGAGACAAAGCUACUUCUACUCCUACUGUUUGA